GAGCCUCACUUCAGCCCUCCGCAGUCUGCGAUUCCUCCUUCGCUCAUCACAGUACACUCGAUUUCUGCUACUUCUGAGCCAUCAGAGUAGCAAUUUCCUCUUCCAUCCAUCAUCUUGUAGGUUCUUCACCUCGACGUUUACAGUCAUCUACCCUCCUCUUUUUGCCAUCUCGUUCUCUCGAGUGCUGGACAUCUCCUGCAACUCCCUGUUAGCUACUACAAAACAGUCCUCAUCCAUCCGCCUGCCUGCGAUCCUCUUCCACCAUCCUAUCACUUUAUAUAUCUUUCUUCACCUGCUUUUCUUGGGCCUCAUCGCGGUCCCUUAUUGCGCGAUUCUUCUUACUUACUCUUUGUCCUCGCGCCCUUUCUACUCUCAUCAUCUUCGUCAUCCGCUCGCGUUUGAUCAUCUUUAACCCAAGUCUAACUCUCAUCAUGGUUGUUUUUAGCUCCCUCAUCUCUCAGUUGAGAUCUCCCACCACGCCACUACAUGGUCUUUUCCUUACCGACCAAGAUCCUUGGCCAUCAUAUGGCCCAUUGAGUCAAGCCCUCACUCAGUAAUCGCCGGUUGACUUGGUCAAGAUGAACCCUUUCGAGGCCUAUGGCUCUCCUCCAAACGAGCGCUCUCCGAGAUAUCGGGCAAGAGACGAAGACAAUUAUGCUCGUACCGAUUCCUACCGAAGACGGUCACCAGUGAACGAGAGAAAUGACAGACGUCGACCUCCCCCACGACAAAGAUCCCGCUCUCCUGCAGGUAUAGAUCGAUACCAACCAGAAAGAGAUCGACCGGUUCGUGAAGGUCGAGACGACUUCUAUGAGCCCCAACGAACCAAUACCAGAGAUCGCGACGAUCGCAGAAGAGCUCCCUCUCCAGUUGCAGCCAACAUCGAUCGAUAUGUUCCAGGUCAGGGUGUUAACAAACCACUCGUCCAAACCAAUCCACUGCAAAAUCCCCUCGCCUUGGAUACCCAAGCAGGUUUCAGCUUCUUCGCUGAUUGGUGGCGGGUUGAGAAUUCAAUAAAGGAAGAGAGAGAAAGAGCCAAACAUGGUGGGAGACGCCCUUCGGAUCGAGUCAAGGGCGAACGUGAGGCCAAAGAAGACCGUGAAAAGGAAAGGUCACAGAUCCAGCAGGCUUAUGAUCAGUAUAAGCAAGAUUUCCAGGUUAAGAUGGCCCGACAAUUUGUCCAACUUCACAAAGGCGAAGAAUGGUUCAAAGAACGCUAUGUUCCCGAAAUCCGGGAUCCUAUCCGAUCUCGCAUUAUGGCUUCCCGUCAUGCAGCCUACGACCAGUGGGUCAAAGACUUCGAAUCGGGUCAGUUUGACGACUUCACCCUCGAAGGUAUCUACAAGAGCGACAGUGAUGGUGCAGGCGGCAUGAUUGAAAAAGAGGAAGGGGAAGCGGUUGGGGGCAAUGAAGUCCUCGGAGUCCUUGAUCUUGUACCAGCCAAGGGUGGUGAUCUUCGUGAUGACUCUGCUCAAGAACCAGCCUUGCUUAUCAAAACUCUUGCCCCCAAUGUCGCUCGCGACCGGAUCGAGGAAUUCUGCAAAGAACACCUCGGCGAGGAUGAGGGUGGCUUCAAAGCACUCUCUCUCAGUGAUCCUAACCCUGCAAAGAAGUUUCAUCGCAUCGGCUGGAUCAUCCUGAAUCCCGGCCCCGAUGAAGAUCCCGACGCCAUGCAAGAGGUCGAACGAGGCGAUGGCCGAGACGAUGACGAGGAAGGUGAAGAAAAACCAGAAGUCGAAAAGAAGACUGCUGUGCAGAAAGCCCUUGAGCUGGUGAACGGUAAAACAAUCACCGAUGACACCAAGGGUGACUUUACUUGUCACGUUGGCGUGCACAACGCCCCAAGUGCGCCUCGAAAGAAAGCUCUUUGGGAUCUCUUCUCUGCUCCUGAACGUAUCGAACGGGACUACGAGCUCGCAAGACGGCUUGUGAACAAACUCGAUGCCGAGUUGGGCAAUGACGAGAAUUCCGGAGGUGUUGCCAAAAUCGAUGCUCGGGUAGAGCAGAUGAGAAGCCGUGGCCUCCUCCAACCGCCGCCCAAACCAAAGAAAGCCAAUUUCGAAGACAACGACGACGAAAUCAAGUUUGAUGACGAAGGCGAAGAAGGCGAGGAAAAUGAAGACGAGACCGACGACGAAGAACUAUUGGUUGUGAAGAAAAAGCUCGAUUUGAUGGUCGAGUACCUUCGCCGAGUAUUCAAUUUCUGCCUAUUCUGUGUCUUUGAAUCCGACUCUGUUCACGAACUGGUCCGCAAGUGCCCUGGCGGUCAUUUGAGGAGGCCACGAGCGGGCUUGAGCUCUGCAGCCAAGACAGCAGCAAGAGCAAGUGCCCUUGGGGAAGACUUUCCUGGUAAGAAGAAAGACGGAAAAGAAAAUGGUUACGACGAUGCAGUUCUCAGCCCAGUCCAAGAGAAGAGGGGGUCGAAAUUCAACAAGAACGACCAACAGCUUCUCCGUGCAUUCAAUUGGGUCAAGACCUUUGAGGAGAAGAUCUUACAAAUCCUCGAACCUGAGUAUGCCGAUCUCAAAAAGAUUGGGGGCAAACCGGUGGAAGAAGCACUCGAUGAAGAAAUGUCCAAAUACGUCAAACAGGAAGAUGAGGCAAAAUACAGAUGCAAGGUCCCAGAAUGCACCAAGUUGUUCAAGGCGGAGCAUUUUUGGAAGAAGCACGUGGAAAAGAGACAUGAGGAGUGGUUUGAGGCUUUGAAAAAAGAUCUCCAACUUGUGAAUCGAUAUGUUCUCGAUCCUUCACAUAUUGCUCCUUCACGAUCCGACGCCAACUCUAAUGGCCAUUUCCCCUUGCCAAACAACCAUCACCUCAACAACGGUACUCCGCGGGGCUUCAGUUUACAGAACAUGGGCAUGGGCAUGAUGAACUUUGGGCAGAAUUCGAUGCUGGGGAUGCCCGGUGUCACUGCUCCAUUCGUCCAAGGAGCGGGCAAUUUCGGCGAUGGCCUUAAUGGAGGCAGUCAUGGCGGAGGGCCAAUUCGACGCGCAGGUGGCCGUUACAGCAACCGCUCUGGUCCGUAUGACCGGCAACAGCGUGGAAAUGCCCGAGGCUACAACAACAUGGGAGGCAUCAUUCGGGGUGGAUUUGUCCCCGGGAUGAAUGCGGCCCUGAUUGCACAAGGAGGCGGAGGUGGAGGUGGGAAGUGGGGAGAUGGAGCUGGUGGCGGGAUGAACGCCAUGGGCCCAAGAGAGGCUGUUCAGGGACGAAGCAUCAAAUCAUAUGAAGACCUCGAUGCACAACCCAGCAACGGCGGAGGCGGUGCGGCUGGAGCUCAAGCCGCGGCCGCGGCCGGUGCAAGUGCUGAACUGGACUACUGAUCUGGCCAAGGAGAGGACAGAGGUAUCAUGGUCGGAGAUCCAGGAUGAUACAGCCUUGAAUUGGCCGUGGAGUACAGCAGCUCCAUCGCCAACAACCGGGCGUGGAAUUGAAUACAAUACAGAAUGGACGGCUUGUUGUUAUCAUGGACUGAAAGAAAUCUUCGAAUGGGGGAACGUCCGGUUGACCCAAAAUUCCCUUUAUUUUAAUUGCUUCAGACUCAAUGAGUCUGGGGCGGAGAUACACCAAGGGUGGGACAGAACGUUGAAAUCUCCUCUCGAGGACUGUAUGUAUGUAGUUAAAACCUCAGAUAGCAAUCAAUCCCAAAACUGGUUCUUACGA